CAUAUCUUCCUCUUCCCUUUCCCUCCCUUUUUCUCUCUGUUAAUUAAUCAUCCAACUGAAAGUCUCAAAAUAGCUAUCAAUUAUUUCCUCAUUUUUUUCUUCUUGAUAUCUCCGCUCUUGAACUAAUCACAACCUUGGUUUCAACGUUAUACUACUACUUCAAUUUCUCAUUUUUCUUGUUGGUUUUUCUCUAAAGAGACUUUUAAUACAAAUUCCAUAUACUUUUUGUUGAAUUCUUGGUGUUUUUGCAUUAUUCCAAUAUAAGCUUUGGUUUCAAUUUCAUCUCUUUUGAUCAUGGCUUCAAUGCCUAGUUCCAUUCAGUUUUCUCUACAAAGAUCAAAUUUUUCUUCAACCCACAAAGUUGCUAGUACAAAUUUAGUUCCUUUGAGAAGUCUAUCAGUUGUUUCAAAUUCCAAAAGCUUUGAACUUUCACCUGUGGGGUUAUCUAGAAAGCCCCUGAAGUUAGUUAAAUGCAGUCAACUACUGAAGCCAAGAAACACUGUUGAUGUUUUUAUCACAAAGGCUGCAGCUGCUGAUUCAGAGGGUCAUGACAUUGAAAUUACUGAUGGGUAUGCUAAACCAACUAAAGGCUUUCCUGAAAAAUUUCCAGCUCUAGUUACUGGAUUCUUUUUCUUUACGUGGUAUUUUCUGAAUGUGAUUUUCAAUAUACUCAACAAGAAGGUCUACAAUUAUUUCCCAUACCCAUACUUUGUUUCAGUUGUACAUCUCCUAGUUGGAGUAACCUAUUGUCUUAUUAGUUGGUCUGUUGGUCUACCUAAACGUGCACCCAUCAAUAAGGAACUUCUGGCACUGCUCACUCCAGUAGCAUUUUGUCAUGCUCUUGGACAUGUUAUGUCUAAUGUAUCAUUUGCAACUGUUGCUGUAUCCUUCACUCAUACCAUCAAAGCGCUGGAGCCGUUCUUCAGUGCAGCUGCUUCUCAGUUUGUCUUGGGGCACCAGAUUCCCAUCUCUCUGUGGUUAUCACUGACCCCUGUUGUCAUUGGGGUAUCGAUGGCUUCAUUGACUGAACUGUCAUUCAAUUGGACUGGCUUCACUAGCGCAAUGAUCUCAAAUAUUGCUUUUACUUACAGAAGUAUCUACUCAAAGAAAGCGAUGACUGGAAUGGAUAGUACAAAUGUAUACGCAUAUAUUUCAAUUAUGGCCCUCCUCUUUUGCCUCCCUCCAGCCAUAUUUAUUGAAGGACCCCAACUAAUGCAGUAUGGUUUCAGGGAUGCCAUUACUAAAGUUGGCCUUUAUAAGUUCUUAUCUGACCUCUUUUGGAUAGGGAUGUUCUAUCAUCUGUAUAACCAGGUAGCUACCAACACAUUAGAGCGGGUUGCGCCACUUACACAUGCUGUUGGAAAUGUACUGAAGCGAGUUUUUGUGAUUGGUUUCUCUAUUGUGGUAUUUGGGAACAAGAUAUCAACUCAAACUGGGAUUGGUACUGCAAUAGCCAUUGCAGGUGUUGCUAUCUACUCUUUAAUAAAGGCAAGGAUGGAAGAGCAAAAGCGGAAAGCUGCCCUUGCUCAUGCAUAAUAGGGCACAUUAACAAAGCAGGGGGAAAGACUGGAGACAAAAAGUACCAAGCAGUGCAGAGACGAUCUGAUUAAUGCAGGAGAAUAGUUACCUCAUCUCAGCUAUGGCUUUUUAAUUAUUUUAGUUCACUUGUUUCUUCUGUACAAUUGUGAAUUUGGCCUCAUUUUGUUGGUUUGAAUAUUCACAAGGUAGAUAAAAGCUGAUAAAUUCAGCGGGCAGUAAUCCCAGAAAAUAAGACUCUAGAUUACAUUUUGUUUUUUCAGUUGUUUACUGAGCUAUUCAAAAGAUUACAGUGAUGCAAAGAAUAUAAUACAAUUCGUAAAUAGUUUGAACAAUUACCUCCAGAUGUAGAGGAUACA